GCUGGCUAAUAUAGGUGAGCAGUGUAGGAGCCAGCCUGAAUAAGAGGAGAAUCCGUUCCUCAAGUGCUCAAGUGCUUGACUAGGAGAACCUGAAGCGGAGCAUCUGUUGCUGAAGUAACAUUUUUUGAAUUUAGACUUUCUAGCAGUCGCCAGUAAGGUUGGUCCCAAUCUUGAUGUCACAACUAGGCUGAGUUUUUGUGCUGUCAAAGUGGUCGCGUGGCUGUUUGAGAAAUUCCAUUACCACUAAUAAUUGAACAAAUACGCUGACGUGUGAUCCGCAAACAGCGUACUCGGUCCAAUACUUUUCCACUUAAAAGUUACUCCCAUAUCCAAAGUUGUCAGGUUAAGGGUUAGUUAUGUCCAAAUUGACACGCGAAUAUAAAAUGCAUUCCGGAAAGCGGCUUGCUUUUGUUCAGACCGUUCUUCUUGUCAUAUUACUGAGUUUGAUUGUCCACUUCACACUUUCCCAACUAAGGGAAAGUCAAUCCAAUUAUGUACCAUACAUAUUUCGAAUCAAAGAGAAGUAUGUUGAUCUCGAACCCUCACAAGGAUCAAUUUCUGUGGAAUAUGAAGCUGAAGCCACCGCUGAAACCUCAACCCAUCCCAUGUUGAACUUAAACCCAACUCUAGACGAUUGGAUAGGAGGAAAGAUCAAGGGCUACAGAAUUUUUGCCUUUUCCGCCUUCCUGGACAUUCGGAACGCAUCCGCCCCAUAUAUUCGUGUUUUGGGGGCGGCACCCACCAACUAUGAGCCUUUUGUUUCGGAUAUCCUUUGCGAUGUAUUCCAAGAGGACGGACAGCCUUUGAAAACAGUGCCAAGUGAAAUAAGGAUCCAAAUGCCCUCCAAUGGAGCGUCCAAUUGCUCCUUUUUCUUUGAAUGUGAUCUCUCUUCCAUAUCCCGAUCAGUUUGGCAAACGGCUUAUUGGGUUAGCUUGAAGAGUUCACGUCCUCCAGAUCAAAAUAACACCUCCUUGCCCAAACUGAGGGUACAUCACUUGGCCUUACCCAAUCCAGCUGAUUCAGAUGGAACAUUUGUUGCAUGUAUUAAGCCAUUUUUUGGGCUUUGGAACUCUCCUUUUGCUUUGGUUGAGUUCAUAGAGAUGUACAAAAUCUUGGGCGUAUCCCACUUUGUGUUUUACGAUACUUCAAUUGGAACCGACGCUCGAAGGGUUCUUAAUUACUAUGCAGCCAAAGGAUUGGUCACGCUAUUUCGAUGGACCCUCCCAUAUGACCGGAGAGAUAUCCUACAUAAUGCUCACCACACUUGUAUCAAUGACUGCAAGAUGAGAGUCAUCAACCGUUUCGAGUUUUUGGUGACAGUGGACGUGGAUGAGUUCCUUCUGCCAACGAAUGGCAUGACUACUCUUUAUGCUCUGAUUCAGGAAAUUCAUAAAAAAGAACAAGCGAACAAUCGGAACCCCUCAUUAAUCGGCGCAUACACAUUCCUCAACAAAUUUUUCUUCAAGGAGUUCGGCAAAGUCACCAAGGACGAUGGAGAAGGUGGAAAGACCGAGGAGAAGUUAAGGAACAGUUUAAGCACACAAGCGUACGUGCAGAGGUCGCCAUCUUUCUUUGAAUAUCGGAGAAGGUCGAAAUACAUAGCCCGUCCAAAUGCAACGGACUUUUUGACGGUGCACCACACAGCCAAUUUCUCCCAAGGAUACAGAGACUAUGUUGUUCCAUCGCAUCUGGGCCUGUCUCAACAUUACCGCCUUUGUGCAUGGCGUGGAAUCAAGAUUUGCCUAAUGCAGAAGCCAUUAAUUGACACCAAUGCGUGGACAUGGGCAUCCUUGUUAGUGCCGGCCGUGAAAGAGGCAUGCUUGCUUCUCGAUUUAAACAACAUAAAUGUGUGCCCUUUCAUUUGAAAUGAGAAAUGAAUGUUAAAAAAACUCGGCCCGGAAAUUCAGUGUAUAUAAUUUGGGUGCGUGAUCGAACAAACUCUAUCAAUCAAAUAGUAAAUGAUUGAAGUUUUUUUUUUCUUCACAUAAAUUUAGAGUUACACACAGACCUGAUGCUUGCUUGUCUUAUAUUUGAAAUGAGGGAUUUACUAUUUCAUGCAUUUGUUCAUUUCUGGUGAACUGUGAAUAUUGGAGAGAUAAGGUACGAAAAAAGGAAAGAAAAAGGCACGAACUUGGAAUAGGCGCGAAGUCGAAGAACACAAUAGCUUGAUUCUUGGAUACGGACGUCUCCUCUCCCCUCCUCUCACCCUUCUCAUCACGAUGGUCAAAAAGUCUUAUCCAAUUUUGAGAAAACUACCCGAAUCCGUCUUUUCAAGUUUUCUACCCCACAAAAUCAUGAUGAGAAC